UUUGUGUUGACUCAGGCCUUGAAACUUGAAAGCCCUAACUGUGAAAAUUGGGUGGUGGUGAUUUCUGCAAUGGCUUGUCGUUAUAGAUCUGUUUGCCAACCAGCAUUUUCCCUAAUUAAAUCCACCAUUACCAAACCGGCUACUAAUUCCAAGUUCUCACCUUUUCUCCUCAAAACUCGUUCUUCCAUGAGGUCGGUUGCGGUUGCUGAACUUGGUUGCGUGCAGUCGCUGCUUCCACUGCACUCGGCGGUUUCAUCAGCACGCCUCACAUCUUGUCUUGGCAUCGAUUCGAGGAGUUCGAGGUCGUUGUCUCAGGGUAUGCUCUGCAGUGCCAACCCCGGAGUUUGAUAUCUCUCAAUAGCUUUUUUUUAUUUCCUAUCCAAAUGGGUCUCAGCACACCUCGAUAAGAGAUUUAGAAGACCAGGGAUUGAUGGAUUAGAGGCGACAUUUGCUUUGCUGGGAUGCCCUUCUAUUAAUUAUUUUAAGUUUUCUUGACAGUUCAGUAUAACGGGCAUAUAGUUGGAAGAAUCUUUCCAUCUUCUGGUUAAUGCUGCAAUGGUUCCUUCAAACUGUGUUGUCAUUCCAGUAUUAAUUGUUUUAAAGAUCAAACUUAUGCCAACAU